UUGAAUCGGAAAGCGACCAGAGUAACCUGUACCGAUGCAACCUCCACUGAAAUUGCAAUGCAACCUUCACCAAUUAACUUAUACCAACCAACCCUCUCUUCCACUUUAACUAUGGUCAGGGUCCACUCCUUUCAUUUUCAUUUCUUCAAUAUCAAGUUGAUCCAUUUUGUGAAGAUACUGAGAAGGAGGGUUGCUGGGGAAGUAUUUAAGGUGUAAUGGCCUCUGAGAGGGACUGUUUUAAACUCUCUGGACCCUUACAUCUAACUUAUAUUGACUGGAACAAUGCGCAUCAUCGAAAGUCAGUUGCUGCUUGUUUGAUUAAAGGUGUUUAUGUUCUAGAAAAUGACCGGCAAGCACGACGUGAAGGCCCCAAGGCUCUUGCUCUGCCUUGGUGGGCGUUCUUCCAUUUUCAGUUGUACAUGAUACUUGUUGAUGAUGUUGAUUCCUCCAUCUUUGGUGCAAUUUAUGAGUUCAAGCCUCCACCAUCCAUGUGCAAUCACGCCUUACAUAGAUGUCCAAGAUAUGUCAUUGCCUUUCGAGGGACUAUACCCAAGGCAGACUCAGUUUCGCGUGAUAUUGAGUUGGAUAUUCAAUUUAUCCGGAAUGGGCUUCAUCAAACUUCACGAUUUGAGAUAGCUAGCCAAGCUGUUCGAAACAUGGUGGCUGCUGUAGGUGGUUCCAAUAUCUGGUUGGCUGGCCAUUCUCUAGGAUCAGCAAUAGCAUUGCUUGCUGGGAAAACCAUGGCCAAGACUGGCAUAUUUAUUGAGUCUUUUCUUUUCAAUCCUCCAUAUUUUUCUGCUCCAAUUGAGAGAAUUAAGGAUAAUAAAUUGAAACACGGGCUUCGAUUUGCUGGCAGCGUGGUUACUGCUGGACUCGCCAUUGCUAUGAAGGUCAAGCAGCAGAAGAGUUUGUCCUUUGAUCCAUUUGCUGCUUUGUCUGCCUGGGUACCUAGCUUAUUUGUGAAUCCAUCUGACCCUAUCUGCUCGGAGUAUGUCGGAUACUUCGAACACAGAAGAAAGAUGGAGGAGAUUGGUGCAGGAAGCAUUGAAAAAUUAGCAACACAAAACUCUAUAGCUUGUCUAUUGAUGAGGGGGUUUGGGAAGGAAUGUGAACCUCUGCACCUCAUUCCAUCAGCUUCUCUGACAGUGAACUUAUCAAAAUCACGCGAUUUUAAAGACGCUCAUGGGAUUCAACAGUGGUGGAAGCCGGAUUUACACCUCGAAUCCAAGGUUCACAAGUACUAGUAUUUCUUGUCAUUGUAAUAUAUUAUUGCUGGGUGUAUAACUGUAUAUUGAUUGAGGCAUUGAGCUAUGUUAAUUACUUGAUUCUAGUUCUC